CACCGGGAGCGGCUCCGGGAGCGCAGCCGGGCAGGCCGCCGGCGGGACGAGAAGCCCGAAGGCGGCGGCACUCUGGUGCCGCAGCCCCGCCGGCGCGGUGCGGUGAGGGGCGGCGGCGCAGGGAGCGCCCCGGGGGGGCGGCUAUGGCGCUGCGGGCGCGGGCGCUGUACGACUUCAGGUCGGAGAACCCGGGUGAGAUCUCGCUGCGGGAGCACGAGGUGCUGAGCCUGUGUAGCGAGCAGGACAUCGAGGGGUGGCUGGAGGGCGUCAACAGCCGCGGGGACCGCGGGCUCUUCCCGGCUUCCUACGUGCAGGUGAUCCGCGCCCCCGCCGCCGAGCCACCGCCGCCCGCCCGCUACGCCAACGUCCCUGUCGGCGGCUUCGAGCCGCUGCCGCCCCCCGCCGCCUUCAAGCCGGCGGCGCAACAGCCCCCGCCCGAGCCCUUUCCGCCGCCCCCCGCCGGGUAUCCCUUCCCGCCUUACGGCGGCUCCUACCAGCCCAGCCAGGGCAGCGAUGACGACUGGGACGACGAUUGGGACGACAGCUCCACGGUGGCCGACGAGCCGGGCGCCCUGGGCAGCUCCUACCCCGACUACGAGGCGGCGGGCGGCGGCGCCUCGGGCCGGUACCGCCUGUCCACCCGCUCCGAGCCGUCCCUGGGCCCCCGCGGCGCGGGGCACCCGCCGGGACACUCGCACCCGCCCGGCGGCGGCGGCGCCGCCAAGAGCUCGGCCACGGUGAGCCGCAACCUCAAUCGCUUCUCCACCUUUGUCAAGUCCGGCGGAGAGGCCUUCGUGCUGGGCGAGGCGUCGGGCUUCGUGAAGGACGGCGACAAGCUGUGCGUGGUGCUGGGCCCCAGGGGCCCCGAGUGGCAAGAGAACCCCUACCCCUUCCAGUGCUCCAUCGAGGACCCCACCAAACAGACCAAAUUCAAGGGCAUGAAGAGCUACAUUGCCUACAAGCUGGUGCCUAGCCACACCGGGCAGCAGGUGCACCGCCGCUACAAGCACUUUGACUGGCUCUACGGGCGGCUGGCCGAGAAGUUUCCCGUAAUCUCCGUGCCCCACUUGCCAGAGAAGCAGGCCACUGGCCGCUUUGAGGAGGACUUCAUCUCCAAACGUCGCAAAGGCCUGGCCUGGUGGAUGGACCACAUGUGCAGCCACCCGGUGCUGGCUCAGUGUGAUGCCUUCCAGCACUUCCUCACCUGUCCCAGCACAGACGAGAAGGCCUGGAAACAGGGCAAGCGCAAGGCUGAGAAGGACGAGAUGGUGGGUGCCAACUUUUUUCUGACCAUCAGUGUCCCCACAGGCCCUGGAGCCAGCCUGGACUUGCAGGAAGUGGAAAGCCAGGUGGAUGGCUUCAAAGCCUUCACCAAGAAGAUGGAUGAGAGUGCCCUGCAACUUAAUCACACGGCCAAUGAGUUUGCCCGCAAACAAGUCACUGGUUUCAAGAAGGAAUACCAGAAGGUGGGGCACUCCUUCAAGUGCCUCAGUCAGGCAUUUGAGCUGGACCAGCAGGCCUUUUCAGCUGGCCUCAACCAAGCCAUAGCCUUCACUGCAGAAGCCUAUGAUGCCAUCGGGGACCUCUUUGCAGAUCAGCCCCGGCAGGACCUAGAUCCUGUGAUGGAUUUGUUAGCGCUAUAUCAGGGGCAUUUGGCCAACUUUCCAGACAUCAUCCAUGUGCAGAAAGGAGCCCUUACCAAAGUAAAGGAGAGUAAGCGGCACGUGGAAGAGGGGAAGAUGGAGCUCCAAAAAGCUGAGGGCAUUCAAGAACGUUGUAACAUUAUUUCUUUUGCAACCCUUGCAGAAAUUAAUCAUUUCCACAAAAUUCGUGUGAGGGACUUUAAAUCACAGAUGCAGCAUUUCUUGCAACAGCAAAUACUCUUUUUUCAAAAAGUGACACAAAAGCUAGAAGAAGCUCUUCACAAGUAUGACAGUGUUUAAUCUCUGAUUUGUGGACUUUGCUCAGCACAAACAUGACCCAGGCAGCAGAGCAAAUGCUGCUGAAGAGCUGUUGCCAGUGGUAGAUGGCGGUACAAGGAUGGGUUUGUGUUCACCUAGAACCCGGGUUUAAUCUCCGAUUAUGUAGAAAGGAAACAGUUAUAGGGCUAUGUAGUAGAAACAGUACCACGCAUUGUAACUAAGUUAUAUUGUGUAUGCCUACACCAUUGUAACUCUUUUGAAAUAAUGAAUAUACUAUUUGCCUUAUUGCUUUUUGAAA